AUGGAUAUUUCACGUCUCAUGGUGCAUGCCCACCAAAUGGAAGAAGAGAAACUCAAGGAAAAUAAUAGAGAGGUGAAAAGAGCUAGAAUAAGUGAUGGGAAUUUCUCCAAUGCUAGGUCCGAUGGACAAGAUCGACAAAGUUCAAACAAAGGUUCUCAAACCAAGAAAGGUAAAUCCAUCAUGAUGGAAAGCAUUGGUAGCUCGGAAAUUGAUAAUGAUGAAUAUUGGCCACUUUCUGGAAAACCCUACGUUGAUAUAAUUCUCACUAAGAGCGCCGUCAAACCUACCUACAGUUUGUACUUACCCAAGAAAAUGAACAAAGAGCUUCCUUCUGCUGGAGUUCCUGUAGUUCUUACUUGUGGUCGAAAGAAGUGGAAUUUGUUUUACGGUGGAGCCAGAUCUACUUGUAAAUUUAUUAGUACUGGAUGGAGAAAAUUUGUGGAUGAUAACAAUUUGAAGGAAGGGGAUGGACUUGUGUUUGAACUAUCACAGUGUAGCACUAGCAAGAUUGAAUUCAGAGUUCAGAUUCUCAGAGGUGAUUUUCCAGCUGAAUUGAUUCCUGAAGAUGUGGAGGGUAUAAACAGUGACAACCCAAUAAUACUUGGUUAA